GUAAAAACAAUAAACUUGAUAGAAAAAUUUUCUAUUCAAAAUCCCUUCAUGUAAAAAAGGGGGUGGGUUUAGAAUAGUAUAAAAAGUAAUUAUCCUUUUUUAAAGAUACAUUUACAUAUUUAUCCUCCAUUUAUUUGAUCCUAUUACAAAAACCUCUUUAUUUAUUAUCCUUGCUAUUAUUCUUACCAACAAAGCAACAACCUCCUCCAUUCCAACAUAUCCUUUCUUUUCGCAAUGUCUGUCCAUAGCAUUAAAGAAAAAAAUGACUGUGUCGACCCGCCGACCAAGCCAAUUCUCACUUGGAGUAACCUCAACUAUGACGUCAAAACUAAGCAACACGGAGUGCGUCGAAUCCUGCACAACCUCAGCGGCAGCAUCUACCCGGGCGAGCUCGUAGCCAUCAUGGGAUCAUCCGGAGCAGGCAAAACCACACUCCUCAACAUUCUCUCCGGCCGUGUCCAAGGCGGCCGCCUUCACGGCGACAUUAAAUUCAACAACACCAAGCGCAACCCGCACACAUUUAAGCGGCUUCUAGCCUACGUCGAGCAAGACGACCUUAUGUUCCCGCAGCUCACCGUCGAUGAAACACUGACUGCAUCGGUGGAUUUGCGACUCUCCAAUGAGAAAUACACGCCCGAGAUGAAGCGUGAUCGCGUGAACACGGUUAUGCGCCAAUUGCGGCUGACGCAUGUCGCAGGAUCUAAGAUCGGAGGGUCCGGGGAGCGCGGAGUUUCGGGUGGCGAGCGCAAGCGCGUGAGUAUUGGCUUAGAGUUGGUCACAGAUCCGUCCAUUUUGGUCUUGGAUGAGCCGUCCUCGGGGCUGGACUCGUCGUCAGCCGAGAUGGUUGUUAGUCUGACCAAGGAAAUGUCCAGGGAGCGCAACCUCUGCACACUGAUGACCAUCCAUCAGCCGAGCGCCGAGAUGGUGGCCAAGUUCGAUAAACUCAUACUCUUAUCCCAGGGCAAACUGGUGUACAUGGGCCCGGUUGACAAAGUGCUGUCGUACUUUGAACGCCUUGGGUUCCCGUCAACUAACUCCAACCCGGCUAACUUUUUCAUCGAUCUGACUACCGUUGAUUUUUCAUCAGACGAGGCCAUGCGCAAGAGCGAGCAGCACAUCCAGGCGCUGGCAGACUCCUUUGCAGCGUAUCGUGGGAGUGAGGGUGAAGAUCAGCUAUCCAGUGAGCUGGUUUCUGAGCGAUCAUCGCUUUCGGCAAGCGCCGAAACAACUUUCAGUAAUAGCCACCGGGACAUAGACAUUACGCACGAAGUAGCUGCCCUGGUUCUCUACGAACCCGCGCCAAUGAAUAACUGGCUGAGCGAAUUAUUCGUUCUGCUCCGUCGCGACUGGACACUCUGCGUCCGCAACAGAUCCCUAGUAAUGGGUCUGGUACUGCAAGCUGUCGCGAUGAUGAUUUUCCUGGGCUUUGUCUUCUUCCAGUUAAAGACCGACCAGGCCUCUGUGCAGAACCGCAUUGGCGCCCUGUUCUCCCUCACUGUCUGUUGCACCUUCCAGGUGAUCAUCCCCGUGAUGACAGUCAUUAUGGCCGGCCGCAACGUCCUUCUGCGUGAGCGUUCCGGGGGAACAUACCGGAUGACCAGCUUUUUUUUUGCCAAGUCGCUGAGUUUCUUCCCCCUCGUGUACCUGCCGUAUAUUGUCAUGUACACGGGUGUUUACUUUAUCGCUCAUUUGCAAUACGACGCGGCCAAAUUCUUUAUCGGUAUGGCCAAUAUGUUUUCCAUUCUCUUUGCCGCUCUCGGCUUUGCCUUUGCCAUGGGUAUGGUUGUCAAGAGCAUGGAGGUUGCUCAUAUUAUUACGCCCGUGUCGUUGUCCGUGUUAAUGUUGUUUGCCGGUAAUUUGUCCAACGCCAAGGCAAUUACCCCUGUAUUGAGGUGGAUUAAAUACCUGUGUAUUUAUUACUAUGCGUAUUCUGGGUUUGUGCAGAAUGAGUUUGGCGGGUUGGAGUUUAGCUGCGAGGAGGGGGCAGCUGUUUGUUACAAAAGUGGGAGGGAUGUCAUUGAGAUGUAUGGUCUGAAUGAAUUGCCUAUUUGGCUCUGCAUUGUGCUUAAUUUGAUCAUUGGCGUUGGGUCUUAUGCUGCCGCUUACUGCAUGUUGCGCUGGUUGGCUAAACCGCGGUACUUGUGGAUAUAGACUUUUAUUUCAUCUAUAUGUUAUAAAGGGCUAUAAAUCAAAAAGGAUAUUUAUUUCUUCCAAGAACAAUUUCUGGCUGCCCGAUAGCCACACCUUUUAUAUGUUCUCCUUGGAAUAUAAAUAAACUAUAAUAAAA